UCGUUGAGGAAUAUACUGAUACAGCCACACCAAGGUAUUAAUGUAGAACUUAGUCUACCACUGUGGUUUGAUACUUCGUUCAACUUGAGUAAAAACCUUAAAAUUGAACAUGGUAUGAAGGAUUGUCAUAAGCUUUUUGACCCGUUGUCACAUGGGGAGUGUUAGAUUGGUUAUUUUGAUGGUUAGAAUAAAAAUAUCUUCAAAGCUUUUCUGUGACUUGCAUAUUACUUUAGCCAGUGUCCGGACUGGUGCAAUCAUAAUACUCUGAAGUAAUGGAUGUAUUCAGAAAAGCUAUUGAGAUCACAUCCAACAGGAGUUUUUGUAGUGAUCCACGGAGUAAUCCUCACAGUUUCAACUGUCUUCCAAUGUGUCCACUUUUCCGAGAAAACACAACUGUUCAGACCAAAACCAGACAGCUUGCAUACGACAAAUACUACAUGUGACAGUCUGAUGCAUUUAUUUGUGUGUGUCCACAGUGUAGGAGAGCAGGCUGGCUGUGUGGCUGCAGCAGGGCAGCUGACUAAAGAACAAGUGGCUCAGAUUUUUGCAGCUGCAGAGAUCAGCAGGGCCUACAGGAGGACUCAACAUGAAAAACUGUUAGAGUUCAUAAUAAAGGACCAUGGAGCAGAUGAUCACUUGCUGGCUGUUGUAUCUCGUAAGGUAUCGUCCAAAUGGUUAAAUUAUGAAAAUCCUAAAGGUCACCAGGUAAUGACUUAUAUAGAAGAUGAGGAGCUGAUAGAUGGCCUCUACAACUUCUUGGAUGAAGUGCUGUCAAGAGCUGUAGGCACUUUUGAGAGGAUUGACAGAGUUCACAUCAUUCUGGAUGUGCUGAUACUAGAGGCUCUUAUUAAAGCUAAACAAACAGUUGAGAGGAUUUCUCUGCCAGAGGCAGAACAUCUGUUCAUGGAUGGACCAGCAUACAGUGAGUGUGAGAGGGAAGAGUUUGACAAACUGUACUUGUUUUACAGCAGCUGGAAGUAA